CACGCGCGCACACACACACACACACACACACACGCACACACGCACACACACACACACACACACACACACAUGCGCACACAGGAAUGAGAUGUGGAGUGUUUCUAUGAAAGAAGUGGAUUUACAUGAGGGACAGCGCAGCAGAGACAACUGGAGUGGAGGAGGGGGAGUCACACACAUUUGGACAAGAACAUGACUUGAAGAUGAGCUGCCCUCAGCCUGAGUUAGAGGAGAAGGACUGUCCUCCACCAGAGGAAUUAGAGUGUAAAAUCUGUUACCAGCGCUACAAUGCCCACAACCGCAAGCCUAAGAUCCUGGACUGCCUGCACCGGGUCUGUGCCCGCUGCCUCAUCAAGAUCCUGGAUAUUGCUGAUGGUGCAGGCUGCAUCUCCUGCCCCUUUUGCCGACACCAAACUGAGAUCACAGAGUUUGAGGUGUCAUCCCUGCCUGACGAUGCUAACAUCAUGUCCCACUUGGCAAUGCGGGACAAAUCCUGGAGCUCCGACCACAACAAGGAGGUGGUUCUGACUCCAAAGAGUUUCUCCUCCUCUAGCCCAUCUCAUGACUCCUCUAACUGCCUGGUUAUCACCAUAAUGGAAGUGCAGAGGAACUCACAGCACUCCCCGAGCCGCUCUGACAUUUACACUGAGCAGAGCCUGGACUCAGUAUCAAUGGGCUCCAAUGGGCCAACUGAUCAGGAUGCCCUGUCCAAGUUCUGUAACCAUGUCCCACGCAUCCUGGUGUGGCUGCUGGGUUUCUUAUACUUUGGCUCGCUGCCUCUAGGAAUCUACUUGUUAGUGAUCCAGAGAGUGACUCUGGGUAUUGUAUGCGUUAGCUUGGUACCAUCAAGUUUGACAGUCUGCCUGGUCUAUGGAUUUUGCCAGUGUCUGUGUCAGGGAAUGUGUGACUGCUCCACCAGAGGCUGAUAUGAUGUGACUAAACUGAUGGUCCUUGGAUGGGAUAAAAUGAGCGGCAAAAAACGGAAAUUUGGUUUGUUAUGUAGAUAGAUAUGAGUUCCAAAAGUGAAAGUGAUGUUGUUUCCCCAACAAGAGACUGACUGACUACCAGUUAGUUACUUCCAUGCAAAUAAUGGGCCAGUCAGAACAUCUAGGAAGACCAUUUUCAGUGAUGGUCUACGCUUUUAGGAUGAAACUCAGAAACUGGUUCGGCCACAGCCACCGACAAGCUCUGUUAGUAGGAACAGCGCCUAUACCUACAUUUCUGUAAUGUAUUUUUGUGACCUUAUUUGUUCUGUGUUGUGUGUAUGACCUAGUCUAACAUUUUAGAUUUGAGAGCAGACCUUUAAUCUUUGACUUAAACUUUGACAAAGUCCUGGGCCCUCAUUUAUCAGCGUUGUAUACCAACAAAAACUUAGCAAUCAUUUUUAAGUGAAGGGUGGGAUAUACUUUCGGAUGCCUGUACAUUUUGAUUCAACUCUAAACCAUGAAUAUACACAGCACCUUCUGGUGAAAAAGCACUACAAAUGAAACAUCACAGACCAAAUAGCAAGGGUAUUUAUAUCAUAGACCACAUGAGCAAACUAUUAAGAAAAAUUCACAGAAUUUGAAUCUUCUACAUUACAAGUCACUUAACAACUGCAUUUAUGCAUAUGAUUGGAUAAUUAGCAGUUGUCAGUAAGAACAAAGUGGAGGAAAUAAGCCAGUAUUUAUAUUAGCACUACAUGCUACUAAAUGUUAAAGCUACAGGUAACUCAGAAUUGAAUAGAUUUCAACUGUGAUACUGUCUUGCCAUCAGCUCCUGAAAAUAUCAAUAACUGUAUAUUGUAUGAUGGAGAAGCAUUGGCCCUGACAAUGGAUUUAAAGAUAUCAAUCUGUUAAACCUGCCGAUACAAGUCUGUUUCAACAUCUUUAUAUUCUGGCUGACAAACUCUAUGUAAAACAGAAUAUGGAAUAUUGCUCUUCAAGGGAUAUGUGAUUGACAGGUCAUGAAUUAGCUGAAGUUGCAAGAAAAGCACUGUAGCGUAUUAUUGAGCAAUGCAAGAACUAUUACAGGAUUAUUCACCACUAAAAUUCCAGAUCUUAGCAGGAAGAGAAAGAAUAUUUGCAUGCAAUGCACAUUUCAAAAUACAAAACACAAAUUGCCAAAUUUGUGAAUUGGCCAUAAUACUUUGUUACCCGUUUUGGGCAUUCAGUAUGUGUGAUGAGGUUGUUAUUAUUACUUAUUUAAUCUGCCCCCUCCUUCUCUUUCUCUCCAUCUGACUCAAAUACACGCAUGUCAGUCAGGUUGUCUUUUUGAGUCUAUCUGGUAUAUGUAACACAUAAGCCAGACUCAUAUCUCAGGUUUUUUGAUACUCUUUUGAUGUUUAGCAACAAACUUAAGUUUCUUGUUGGGUUGAACAAGGCUGCUUGGUUGUAAUUUUUAGCCAGCCCUAAACACAAAUGUUGCUGACUGACUGAGUGAUGGCCGAGCAUUUAAGUCACCCUUUAGAAAUUGCUCUUUCAAAAUGGUUUGGUGCAAAGAAGUAGCCAACCUACCAACUUUGUCGCCACAUUUACUGACUUUUCACACCCCUUUUUCAAAAAUGUACCUAGCAACAAAUCUAGCAACUUUUUGGACAAACCUUAGCCAUUUUCUGUGGAAGACAGUCACCAGUAAUACCCCAUGUGUGUGAGGUCGGGCUUUCCCUCUGUAAGCACAGCUGAAUGCAAAGCAGCUGACAUUAAUGACCGUCUACCUUUCUCUCUGAGUGAUCACUUACAAGUAAAUCAAGUCAAAAUCACAGCACAGUCUUUGCCAACUUUGUGUAUGGUGAUUUUGUCUGACAACAAAUACGCAAAAACAUGUAAAUGAGAACAACUUUACUAGGAAUUCGUCUGUAUCAGAGGCCCUGCUCAGACCUGGCAUUAACAUGCAUCUUUGGUGACGUCUCAAGUGACCACUUGUGAUCAGAUCUUACUUACCCACUGUAUAUGCAAAUAAACAUGUAUACGUUGUUGUUUUUAGCCAGUCUGACUAUGGAAAGACAGGUUGUCAAUGUGUUUGUGUGUGAGAGGGAAAGAGAGCAGGACAAGGAGGGGUUGAGUGAAAGCACUGUGCACAGUUCUAUCAUGAAAUACGAUUUUAGCCAUUUGAAAUAGUAAAACAUUUUCAUUUCAUUAUAAAACUGUGGUGGGACUAAUUAGCAUUAGAGUGAUUUGAUCUAAAAUGCGUCCUAAAUGUGUCUUUGGUGCACUCACACCUGAACUUAGAGCUGUCCACCUGUUAUCAGAUCACCUGAGAAGGAUGUUAGUACCAGGUCUGAACAGGGACAAAAUACUGUAGAUGUGAGCACAGAGAGGAGGAGAGAGGAGGGCUGAAACCGGCUGACACGAGCUGACAAAUAGCCCACCACAUGGUCCAGUCAUACACAGUUUUGAUCUAGUCUUGUUUUUGUACAGGUUGUAAAAAGCUGAUUGGACUCAAAGGUACAGUUUAUGGCCAUCGGAGUCCUCUCUUAACCUCCAUACUGACAUGGUACACAUAUACUGCCACACUUCAGCCAUGUGGAUUUGUUAUUGUGUGGCACUUAAAUGUUGGGUCUAUGUGGCAUCUUGAGUUUAUUUUGUACGUAAGAGAAAUAUGCCCCUAUGUGUAUCAUCAUGACAAAAGUCACAAUAAACUAUGGUGUUGUUUUAACAAUUAUUACACUUUUUAAAUAUAAUUUCAAAGCUUUCAUUGAAGUCUCCUGUAGCUUUAAGCUUCUCCUGUGGGUUCCAAAAAGUAGUUUUCCUUAUAGCUCUGUGACCACAAUAUAUAUUCUACUGUGUUAGAAGUUUGUCCUCCAAGACAUCUUGAAUUGCUGCAUUCGUAAACAGCAAUGAUUUACAUUUCCAGCAGCAUUUAAAAGAAGCUUUAGACUAUAAAUUGUUUCAUGUAAGUGGAAGUUGCAGUACAAGAGCAUGGUGAUUUACUUUUGGCGGUAUUUGGAGCAACUAUUUACAUUUGACAAUUACCAACUUUCUUUUACUCCUAAACACCCACAUUUUAAUCUUAAGAGUCAAAUUAGUAGCUUUUCAGUACAACUUUGAUCAUUGAGGGCCCUUGACUGAUUAUUAAUUAUAAACUUCAGAUAAUGAUAUUUUUUCAUAAAAAUUAAAAUGUAGUAUUUUGGAAAAAAUAAUAAUAAUAAUUUUGUGCUAAACUGUUCCUGUAGAAGUGCAGUUUAUUCUCUGACAUUGCAGUUUUUUACUUUCUUUUUUUCCUUUCCUUUGGCAACUUGUCUCGAUCACUGUCUCUCUACCCUCUCCUAUGUUUUCCUGUGUUUCUGUCUAUGAUCUCCUCAGCUCUCAGCUUAGUGCCACACUUCUGAUUAAAGACAAUGGAAUAAAUGGAGAAUAAUUUUCUAUAUGUUGCUUGUGUGCAUAUUUAUUUUCAUGGAUGCUGGUUCCUGAUUAAGUCCACCUUUUGAAUGUCAGCACAAUCAAUACUGUCAUCACUGUUUAAUCUUGCAUAGUCUGUGUCAUCAAGCUCAAAGAGACUAGAUGCUGUUAUACUUCAAACU